AUGUGUGGUAUUGUGGGUCUGCUGCUGGCUGCCGAGGACGGCCACGCUAACCAGGAGCUGUUCGACUCCCUCACUGCCUUGCAACACCGCGGACAAGAUGCGGCUGGUAUCGUCACCUGCGACACGGCCGCCCGCCGACUCUUCAUGCGCAAGGACAACGGACUCUGCAAGGAUGUCUUCCAGCAGCACCACAUGAUGCAGCUCAGAGGGAGGAUGGGCCUGGCACACUGCCGAUACCCUACGGCAGGCGGAGCGGGCUUGUCGGAGGAGGCCCAGCCGAUGUACACCAACUACCCCUUCGGGGUCUGCCUGGCGCACAACGGCAACCUGACGAACGUUAGGGAGUUGAAGGAGACGGUGUUUGCGGAGGCCAGGCAUAUCAACACAGACUCGGACUCCGAGCUGCUGAUCAACGUGUUUGCCAAAGAGCUCACCAACCACGACAAGCGGCCCCAAGACGUUACCCCGGAGGACAUCUUCGACGCCGUUGGAGGCGUGAUUUCUCGAUGCGAGGGGGGCUACGCGGUUGUAGUGAUGAUCAACGGGAUUGGCAUCGUAGGUUUCCGCGACCCGAACGGCAUCCGCCCCCUGGUGUUCGGCACGCGAGAGAAGACCAAGGCGGGCGGGACGACCAAGGACUACGUGGUCUCCAGCGAGAGCGUCGUCAUGGACAUGCUUGGCUUCAAGCUCAACCGUGACGUGGCGCCGGGGGAGUGCGUGUUUGUGGACGUGAAGGGUAACAUCCACACCCACCAGUGCCAACUCCCCGACGGGGCCUCUCUCAGCCCCUGCCUGUUCGAGUACGUCUACUUCGCCCGGCCGGACUCGGUGCUCGACAAGGUGCCGGUGUACGAGGCGCGGCUCAACAUGGGCGCGAAGCUGGCGAAGCGCAUUCGGGAGAAGUACCCCGACCACGACAUCGACGUCGUCUUGCCGAUCCCCGACACGGCACGGACAUCGGCGUUGCAGUGCGCCUACCAGCUCGGCAUCCCAUACCGGGAGGGCUUCAUCAAGAACAGGUAUAUCGCAAGGACAUUCAUCAUGCCGGGGCAAGCGAAGAGGAAGAAGACCGUACGGCUCAAGCUGAACACCAUCAGGUCUGAGUUUGUAGGGAAGAACGUGCUGCUUGUGGACGACAGUAUCGUCAGGGGCACGACGAGCAUGGAGCUAGUGCAGAUGGCGAGGGAGGCCGGUGCCCGAAAGGUGUAUCUCACGUCGGCCGCGCCCCCGGUGCGUUUCCCCAACGUGUACGGCAUCGACAUCCCCACCAAGACGGAGCUCGUCGCGCACAACCGAACCUCGGAACAGGUGGCCGAGAGGACGGGCGCCGACUGGGUGUUGUACCAGCAGUUGGAAGACCUCGAGGCGGCGGUGCGGGAGGUGAACCCUGACAUCCCCCGUUUCGACUCCUCGUGCUUCAGCGGCGAGUACGUAACGGGCGACAUUAGCGAGGAGUACCUGGAGCACCUGCAUGCCAUGAGGAACGACAGCACGCUGUGCAUGAAGAGCAUGCAGAUGCUCAACGUUAGCUCCAGCCUAAAAUCUCCCAAGCGGGAACCCUCCGAGGCACCUCUUCUCACCGGAGGGGCACGGCAGGAGUCUUGCAACUCCCUCAACAACGGGUGGGGGUGAACCAGAAAAGGAGAGACCUCGACGGUACGGUUCAGGGCCGUGGGGACGUGGGACAGACGGUCAUCCAUGAGAAAUCUGGCGGUAUGACUGGGCUUACACGUUCAGUUCGAGAGGCCUUUGCAGCCUUGCACGUCUUUUCCCGGUGGCUCCAUCUACUCUUCUUGGCAUGCAAUGCCAACAGGAUGCUUGCGGCAAAGCCAGGCCCAACACUGGACGGUAGGCCUUGCUGGAGGUUCCUCGAGGGCAUCGAAUCAGCGAAGCUUGGAGAUGCCAGUCCAGACGUUGAGGGGACGAGUCUUGAGACUCGAUGAGUCGGCUAAGGGAAAGGAAGAGAUGGGUGGAUUGAUUGGCGCCACGGGAAGGUUAAUGAUUCGACUACUUGUAUGCAUAUGUUCCAAAGGAUCAUCAUAUAUGUGUUCGGAAGGAUUUUGUGUCUCAUAUGUUGGCAAAUUUCGCCACCACCGCGUCGUUGGCAGUUCAUGUAUGUUGUUGUUUUUUGCUGCCGUUGUUUAUGUUGGCGGUUGGUUUUUCUCGCCCAUGUGUUUCGGGUUGUGGAAUCACCGGUAACUCAAGAGAAGGGGUUGUUCGUUUCUGGUCAGAGAGUUUGAUGGGCUUCACCGUCCUUUGCCUUUGCGUUGAAUGUCACGCGCCUUGAGAAACGCCCACUUUUAACAUGUCGGUUGAGGUGAGGGAUUUAUUUGUAUGCGUGAUCUGAUUAAGUGCCUCCAGGGUUGUUAUUUAGUGGUAACGGAGCCCGCGGGGGUGAGGGAUAAUUCAGUGGUAUAGUAGUGUAGAGAUCACGAUUUUGUGUUUUGUGGUUUUCGGAGAGAAGCAAUGGAUCUGUUCGUGUUGCAUGCGAACAGAGUGUGUUGUUCUCGUCAUAUGCGUCGUCGUCGUGUAUUCUCAUUCGGCAAACCCGAAGAAAACAACACUUAUGAAUCCAUGGAUAGAGAUGGAUUCGUUGUGUUUACUACGAAGAAAACAACAACUAACUGAGUUUACCAUUCUCC